CAUCCACACAAGCACAAGUAGACGAAGAGGUGAUGACCAUGGCGUGUCUCCUCCACGAGAUGCUCACUCCCAGUGCCCCGUUUCAUAGCAUGUCUAGACCGCCUCUGACUGGGACUUCGAGUUUGUUGCCGGGCGGGAAGGGGCAUUGGUCACAUUGACGCCGAGCACGCGAUGGCGAAGACAAAGUGACACUUGAGUCAAUAGCCUCACCGCCAUUGGACGGGGGUAAUGGCAACCAGCAAUGGCCGCAAGGCAUAUAACACUGCCGCGGCAGUACACAAGACAAAGAGCAACGGGCCACCCUCCAUUCCUUCUCCCCUCUGUAUACAUCACCGCUCCCACAGCACCGCCCAGAAGCUCACCAGAGGACUUUAGCGCACUACUCCCCCCCUCCUCCGUCUGUAGCCUGCCAUGAUCACUACCCACUUCUGGCAAUCGGGCCAGCCAGACCGAUUCUGUCGUCCAGCCGGUUCCGAGAGCUUUCGCCAGGUCUUGGCUCGCAAAGGUGGCGAUACUCACUUUCAGCUCGCGAGUAACGCAAUGGCACCCUCUUCCAGUCGCUUGACCAUUGCCACUGCUCCAGCUGCCCACGGCUCUCACAACCACAACCACAAUGGCCCGUCGCUUCCAGUGAGCAGUAUCGAGAAUGAGGAAGUACCUCGCCACACGGCGAGGAGCACUCGCAGAGGACGUUCGCCAACAAGGAGGCACCUUUGGGCCUAUUCGCCUGAGCGAGCCCAUGCCGAGGUACAGGAGGAACGAAGACAGAGCAUCACCAGCCGCUUCGCUCCGGACGUCCAGCCAGCGUCAUAUCCUGAAACAGUGCCACCCCAAACUGCCAACGAAAUACCGGUCUCCUCCCUGUCCCUCGACUCCCCAAUCUCUGCCUUGUCAUCCUCGUCCACACUGACGACCACACAAUAUGAAGCUCCCCCAGUCACAAACACCUCCUUGCCGAUCCUCUCGCGACCUCCAGCUGCUCUCGCCUCGCAUACCUCGCUCGAGUUGCGCGCUUGGCAAGCAGGAGAAGCCUUCGACGGAGAGCUGAGCUACCUGCGAGCAGCAUCAAUCACGUCAGACACACAGACAACAGGCGCAGGUCCUGCUGCUUUUGCACAGGUUCUCUAUACUCGCUCGCACCUUCCCGAGCUUGAUCUGCAGUCCAGAUAUCUGUGGCAUGCGCUUCACUAUUUUCGAGUGCAAGACAAUGAUUACGCCAAGGGGUACGCAGAGCGAGCGGGAAAAGCGCCUCGCUUCGACAGUGCCGUUGGUGUAUGCCCAUUCCUCGCAGCUACGUCCUCGUCCUCGUCAUCAGCGCCCCACUCUACUCGAGACCCAAACUCCUCAGCGGCCAUCAUCUUCAAAACAUUCAAUUGGUCCUCUCUCCGACUCCCCCUCUCGCUCCAACACGAAUGGUACGGCGUCACCUUUCGCUCCAUCCGUCGCGCUGCCUCUGCCUCCCUCUCCCUGUACCAAGCCGACCGACUCUCACACGAGGAAGCCGUCUCUUCCGGUGGUCUCAUCCUGUACUGGUACGGCCAACCCGAUGCAGAAACGGGGGAGAAUCUCGCGACGUGUAUUUGGACUUCGAGAGAGGAAGCAAGGGAAGCGAGUAGGCUGCCAAUGCACAAGGCGGCGAGGGACUUGGCGGUCGAGGCGUAUGAGACGUUUGAAUUGGAGAGAUAUAGGGUUGUUAAGAGGGAGGGGGAAAGCGGGAUCAGAAUUGAGCCGUGGAAUUAGAGUGCAAAGAGGUGGCAGUCUGGUGGAGGUGAUGAACGAACGAAUCUCGAAUGCCAUGACAAGUUCAAAGAGGAGCGCAAGUUGUAUUUUUAUGACGAACAGCCCCAAAAGAUAGUUUGAGACAAGUCUUGCUGUUCAUCGAGAC